UGCUGCCAGCAAAAAUGCAGCUCAUUCCGUCGAGCCAUCUCCUCUAGCUCGCCUCACCUCUUCUCCCUUGUGCUGCUUGAACCGGCCGGCCGGCAUGUCGCGGCUCUCGAUGGCGACGCUGCUCCUAGUCUCCCUUUUGCUGGCGACGGCCCCGCGCCUCGCCGUCGUCGAGGCGGUCGUCGUCGAAGGCCUGACGGUGGGGUUCUACAACAGGACGUGCCCGGAGGCCGAGCAGGUGGUCCGCGACGUGGUGACGAACGACUACGGCAUGGACCACACCAUCGCCCCGGGCCUCAUCCGCAUCUUCUUCCACGACUGCUUCAUCACGGGGUGCGACGCGUCCAUCCUGCUGGACGAGUCUCCGUCGGGCGACGUCCCGGAGAAGGAGUCGUCGGCGAACGGGUUCACCCUGCACGGCCUGCAGACGAUCGACGUGGCCAAGGCGAGCCUCGAGGCCAUGUGCCCGCGCACGGUGUCGUGCUCCGACAUCCUGUCGUUCGCGGCGCGCGAUGCGGCGGUGGCGGCGGGGCUGCCGAGCUACGAGGUGCCCGCCGGGCGGCGCGACGGCACGCACUCCCGGAUGGACGACCUGCCGGGCAACUUCCCGGUGCCGGGGCACACGGUGCCGCGGCUGACGGAGCUGUUCGCGAGCCGGGGCCUGUCGCAGCAGGACCUGGUGACGCUCUCCGGCGCGCACUCCAUCGGGGGCGCGCACUGCUUCAUGUUCUCCAACCGCAUCUACGGCUUCUCCAAGACGGCGGACAUCGACCCGUCGCUGGACCCGGCGUUCGCGCAGCGGCUGCGGAAGAUGUGCCCGCGGCCCAAGCCGGACGACAUCCCGCAGCAGGCGCCCAAGGUGAACUUCGACGAGCGCACCGGGGAGAAGCUGGACAACGCCUACUACCAGGAGCUGCUGGCGCGGCGGAGCCUGCUGACCUCGGACAACACGCUGGCGCUGGACCCGCAGACGAGGCCGCUGGUGGAGCAGUACGCCAAGGACGACGCGCUGUUCCAGCAGAGGUUCGGGGAGGCGAUGCAGAAGGUGAGCAAGCUGGACGUGAUCGUCAAGAAGAACAAGGGGCAGAUCAGGCGGGACUGCCGGAUGGUGAACAAGGCCAGGGGGGUCCGCUGGAUGCCCAUCCACUUUCUCAAGCCCCCCAAGCACCCCAUGCUCCAGAUGAUCAACUGGUUCAUCCGUGGCUUCCAGCAGGACUAACUUGCCUUUGCCAUCCAUAUCCAUCUCCUCUCCUCUCCUACUCCUACUCCUAGACGGACCAGCCUGCUGCUCCACCUCUAUAUAUACCCACUCCAGCGCAGCUGACAAGUUUAAGUUUCACUGGUGCAUUUGAUUUGCAUUGCUCGCCAUUUUAUUAUUAUUACCGUCUUCGGUCUAAUGAUGAAUAUGGCUUGAGCCAAUCAUGUACUCAUAUAUGUCGUGCUUGUGCCGUUUGCACGUUUACUUAUCA